GUUUGUUUCUUUCUCUGAAUGUUGUUAUUCUGAGGUUCAAAAAUGGGUUAUUUUGAAUACUAAAAAAAAAAAAAUGGGUUUUUUUUCUUACCAUUUCAUCACUGCGAAUGCUGAACUUGGUUUCAAUUUAAGCUCUCGACACAGUUCCCCUUCCUGUUAUGGUUCAGUUGCAUCUCUUUUUUAUAAUUUGUAUUAAAUUUAAUUUCCACGUUUCUUCAUGUAUAUAUAUUUUUUAAUUUAAUUAUGCAGAAUUUGAAGUUGAGAUGCAUGUAUGUAUGAUCUUUGAGAGUUUUUGAUUAAAAGAUUAGUUUUUUAUGGCAACGGCAACAUAUCCACCACCCCCACCUUAUUGCAGACUCUACAAAGAUUACUUGCAAGAUCUUAAGUCUGCUCCGGAGCCUCCACCACCUAUUGAAGGAACUUACGUUUGUUUUGGAUGCAAUUACACUACUAGUGCCAUUCUACCGAGCUUGGAAGAACAAGGGGUGCGCCAGCUCUAUUCUAGGGGGCCUAAUGUUGAUUUCAAAAAGGAGCUGAGGUCACUUAAUGGAGACUUGCAACUACAUAUUCUGGAGCUUGCUGAUAUUCUUAUUGAGAGACCUUCACAGUAUGCUAGGAGAGUCGAAGAAAUUUCAACUGUAUUCAAAAACUUACAUCACCUUUUAAAUUCACUACGUCCUCAUCAGGCAAGAGCAACAUUAAUUCACAUUUUGGAACUUCAGAUACAGCGCCGUAAACAAGCAGUGGAGGACAUAAAGAGACGGAGAGAAGAGGCACGAAGACUCCUUAACGAGUGUCUGGCAACACUUGAUGGCCAUUAGAACAUUCUCUAUCUUGCAUUCAUAAUAUGAAAUCUAUUGAGCAAAUUAAUCUUAUGUGAGAAAUGAAUUUUGAUCUUUAGAUUUGUAAAAUUAGUCAAAAGAUUAACUCAACAUGUUAUGCAGCUUCCUCCAAUGGUCAUGUGACUUACUGUCUUGUGUUCUUUUAAUGAAGGCUGUUUUGCAGCUUGUGCAAGAUCUUAGGGCUAUUUUUAUAAAGUCUGAACUAUUAAUGA